GGGCGCGGGGCGCUGACAGCCGCCGCCGGAGGGGUGCGGUGCGGUGCGGUGCGGUGCCCGCUCGCUCGUACGGCGGGGAUGCCCCCGUGAGCGCCUCGCCCCGCCCCGCCCGCCCGGGACGGGCAGAGGGUAGAGGGCAGAGGGGGUGUCCGCAGCGCGCAGCAUGCGGCCGGGGGCGGCGGCGUAGCAUGGCCGGGGGAUGCCGCCGGCGGGGAGCAUGGCGGGCAGCGGGGCGCCUGCCGCCGCCGCCGAGCCCCUGCCCCGCAGCAUCUUCAAGAAGUUCCUGGUGAUGCUCUGCUCCCUGCUCAUGUCCCUCUACGUCUUCUACUGCCUGGCCGAGCGCUGCCGCGCCCUGCCCGCGCCCGUCGUGGCGGAGGACGAGGAGGAGGGCGGCGGCGGCGGCGGGUACGUGGGGGGCUCGGCCGCGCUGGACGAGCGGAGGAAGCGGCUGCUGCAGCGCAGCCGGCGGCAGCAGCAGCGGCACGAGGCGGGGGGCGGCCGCGCCGCGGGGUCGGGGGGCGGCGGGGCCCUGGCGCUGCUGCUGGGCGACGGCUGCAAGCGGCUGCCGCAGGCCGUCAUCAUCGGCGUGAAGAAGGGCGGCACGCGGGCGCUGCUGGAGUUCCUGCGCGUGCACCCGGACGUCAGGGCCGUGGGCGCCGAGCCCCACUUCUUCGACCGCCACUACGAGCGGGGCCUCGCCUGGUACAGAGAAUUAAUGCCCAGGACCCUGGACGGGCAGAUCACCAUGGAGAAAACCCCCAGCUACUUCGUCACCAAGGAGGCACCCGCUCGUAUCUCCGCCAUGUCAAAGGGCACCAAGCUCAUCGUAGUCGUAAGGGACCCUGUAACCAGAGCCAUAUCUGAUUACACGCAGACUCUCUCCAAGAAACCUGACAUCCCCACCUUCGAGAGCCUGACCUUCAAAAACAGGACUACGGGCCUGAUCGACACCUCGUGGAGCGCCAUCCAGAUUGGCAUCUAUGCCAAGCACCUGGAGAACUGGCUCCUGUACUUCCCCAUCGGGCAGAUCCUCUUUGUCAGCGGGGAGCGGCUGAUCAGCGACCCUGCUGGGGAGCUGGGCAGGGUCCAGGACUUCCUGGGCCUCAAGAGGAUCAUCACAGACAAACACUUCUACUUCAACAAAACCAAGGGUUUUCCGUGCCUGAAAAAGGCUGAAGGCAGCAGCAAACCCCACUGCCUGGGGAAGACGAAAGGCAGGCCCCACCCCGAGAUAGACCAGGAGGUGGUGCAGAGACUGCGGGACUUCUACCGGCCUUUCAACAUGAAGUUCUACCAGAUGACUGGGCACGACUUCGGCUGGGACUGAGGCUGAAAAAAAUAAUUUAAAAAAAAGAAAAAUAUAAGAUAAUAUAUAUUUUUUUUACAUAUCAGUGGAGAGGGAAAAAUACAUAACUUUAAUAGCUGUGCUGAAAAAUGCUGUUUGUUCUGAUUUUUCUUUUUGGCACAAUGUCAUUGCUUAAUUUGUUUUCUUUCUGCUGUUGAAGGAGGGUUGGUGUGGCUGAAGAAGGUGGCUGAGCGCCAAAAUUUAAUUCUAUUAAAAUCAGCGCAAGCUUGGUCAUUUUUUCCAUGGGAUUUGGCACCGUGUCUAUUGAAAAGGGGGCAACAUUUUCAAAAGUGCCUAAGUCCCAUUGUCAGAAGUGACUUUGAAACUUAAAGAGGCAAAGUCUUGUUAAUAGGCAACAGGAUUUAACCUCCUAAGGGUUUUAAUCAUGUUUGGAAAAUGGAACAUAGGAAUAUAAAUGCGCAAUUUGCUUUUAAAAAUAUUACCCUGGAGCAGAUUGGGACAAUUUUUAAAGCUCUGGCAAAAAUUGGAAAGGUAAUUCUUUCAUUUAUCAUUUUUUUUUCUUUCUUGUUCUUUUUUUUGGGGGGGGGGGGGGAAGGUUGGUCCAUUAAUGGGAAUUUUUUCAUCAGGUAUAAACAACUAUGUUUCAUUUUUCAAAAACCAAGAACAAUUUUGUUGUUAUUGGUUUAAAAUUAAACAUUUUGGUUUUUAUUGCCCAAAAAUGGAAAGAUAUUCAGUUUUUGAGCAAAAAAGAUCCACUUUUGUGAAAAUUUAGUCACGUGACCAUUUCCAACUAGCCUCAUCCAGAAUAGCCUUGCCAUAACCUUCACUCUCACCCUAAUUCAUGUUACAAUCUCUUUCAAGAUUCAGAAACGUUAAAGCUUUCUUCCACUUGGGUGCCAUCCAUGAAAAAAUUGAGGUUGUGGUCUGGGAGGGUUCACAGCAAUGGGAAAUUUGAAGGAUUGAGGUGAUAACUGAAGGGGUCAAGGCAAUGCAUAUACAAUUACUACUAACCCAAGGUUUACAGUAGUAUAAGAGUGAUGUAGCCAUUAUUGUCCAAAAAUUAUGUGAGAGGCAAGGAUUUCUUAGGGUGAUUUCCUUUAUUGGACCAGGGAGACCUGAUGAAGAAUAUUUUGCAUUCAAAAGCUUGUCUAACUUUAUCUGAACUAUGAAGUUGGUCCAGUAAAACAUAUCACCCCAAGAAGUCCUGGCCUCUCUAUUAAUCGAUAGCACAUUUUUGCACCCCGGUUCCCUGGAUUUAAAAAAAAAAACAGUCCAGUGUCUUGAGCAACAUUUUUCAUAAAACAUUAUAUUUAUUUUCAAGAAAUGAGCCUGGUACUCACUCCUGAAUCCACUUUGAACUUCUCUUUCCAGCUCUUCUAUUAACUGUCCCUUAAAAAAUUAUCCUAAGCAUGGCUGAAGUUGCAAAGCCUCAGAGAGACCUUUCCCUGUCGCCUCUAAAGAACCAAACACAUGAUAUUUCACAUGCAUUCAAUUCCUAAAUUAUUUCAAAUAAUUUAAUGCUGAGGGGACUUUCUGAAGGCCUAUGCACCAAGACUUUCUUCUGUGCAUUAUCUGAGCUCUGGUAUCCUUACUCAGAGACCAGUAACAGCUGCCUAAAGUUCAAUAGUUGGGGGUUAGGAAAUUGUUAAAUCAUUUUUCUGGAAUCUGCUUCCUCCUCCUCCCUUCCCUCCACCUCUCCCCCCAAGCAUAAGAGGUCAUCAUGUCACCCACCCCUCAGUACCUUCAGCUGAUACUUUCAUCUUCCUGGACAAAUUCUUGUUUUAGAAUAUUCCAUCUCCAGUUUUAAGCUGGUUUUUGGCAGUGUCCUGUGCCACAAAAAACAUCUGGGUAAACAUUUUAUAAUCAUCUUAUCCAAACAAAAGGGGAAAAGAGCAGUUAUUAGGACAUUCAGACACAGCCUAGAACAAAGCACAGCAAUGGAGUUACUGGCUUUAGCACACUGUCUCCCUUUGUGUCUUCACCCCCUUUGAGGUCCAUCUAAGGGCUUGAUUCAUGGCUCAUCACAAUGUACUCCUCUUAUAAAAAUCUUGCUUAUUGGUGUUCACACAACAGCCAAAGGAGUAGUGGUGACAAUCACAUAGCUGAAUAUAUCAGAAAGCAAGGAUGAGCAAAAGAGUUUGUCUCAAGUAAGAGCACAACAUUUUCCAUCCCUCUCUCUCUGUCACUACUCCCUCAGCCCAAACUUCACACCAGAAGGUUUCUCAAUGGUCAGCAAGGUAUAUGUGUUAACUUUUCCCUGUCAACAUUGCCUAAGGCUCCUUGUUCUAGUUAGGAAUAUCCAGAUUAAAAUAGCCUGAACAAAGACUUUUAAAAAAUAAAAUUCUGUUUCUUUUCUCAUUGAAAUUCGUCCUCACCAGAACAGGCCCAAGCAUGCCCUACUGAUGUGCUUCCUACCCAUGCCUGUAGGCACAUUUCUAAUUUAGAUAUCUGCCAGUUAAAACACUCAAGGAAGAGCCUCUGAGGCUGGUCUUGAGACCACAGUUUAUCACAGACAGAAGUGACAAUUUUUGACCAAUCUGGCCCCUGUAAGUGCUCUACAGCUGUGAUGUGCAUGGCUGCAGAGUGCUUUAAAAUGUCCUGAUCCUGCAAAAAUGAGGGUUCAGAUGAAGAGGCUUCUUCAUCUGAACCCUCAAGCAAAGCACCUUCAACUUGUGUCUCCCUGCUGACACAGCUCAGCCCUGCUCCCAGCACUGUUUUCAGAAUGGGAGGGGUGGGGAGGAAGGGAGCAAAGGAAGCUCAUUCUGGGGGGUUUCCAGCAGAUGCUGGAGGGUAGGGUGGGUGAAUUGGAGCCCCCCCCAACCACAGUGGGGGGGGGCUCCAAUCCAUACUGCCCCCCAGCACUCCAGCACAAGCUGGAGAAACCCCAGAACAAGCUCCCUCUCCUACCUUCUCCCCCUCCCAUUCUGAGACAGCACCAGGUGCCAGGGGGACCGAGCUAGGGGAAGAGGCUAUAGAGAUGCAGCCACACUCCCUGGAUUGGCUCCAAAUUGAAGCUGGAUCCCCCACCCUCCAAACCCAACAGCUAAUGUCUGUUAGGUUGGGAGGAUCAGUUUAACUGAUGGCUUUCUCUAUGAAGUGCCAUGAGUUAGACCAGGGAGCUGCACUUCUGUCUAUGCCUUGAGAGGAGCCUCUGAGAGAGCCCCAAGUGGCCUUACAAGCACACUCCAGAUUAGGAUCAUACCUGCAGGGACUAGUGGGUGGGGCAUGCUCAGACCCAUCCUGUUUUACAAUCAUUACCACUGCUAUAAAAAAAACAAUCCUAGUCCCAUAAGACCUUAAGGCUCAAGUCAAAGGAAGGGUUCCAGUUGACUUCCAUGGGCUAUGAAUCCUGGUACAGUAAAAGUAAUUCCCAAUAUAUUUAGUCCAAACUGUCAGGAGAAAAUGUCGUGAUUUAGUCCAAACUGUCAGGUUUGCUUUUGGUUCUGACCAUACAAUGCCUGUUUGAAUGAAAAGGAGCCAAACACUUGAAAACUCAGUCCCCAUCCUUCCACUUGGCAAAUGCAUUCUUGAAUGAUAGAAGUCAUUCCCUUUGUUUUUCAGGGACUGCUACCAUAUUUAUAGAUUUUACACCUUUGCACACUUGGAAUAGAAACAGAAAACUGCUCUCUGAGAUGUGACCUAAUAAUCUGUGUUUCCCGAUAGCCCCAGAGCAGUGGUGCUCAACCUUUCAGCCCGGUGAGCUGGAGGAGUGGUAUGGGGUAGUCUGCAGGUUAGAUCCACAGUACAGCUUGCAGGAGAGGACACAUACUAAGUGAUUUCCCCCCCCCACCAUCCCUUCCUGCAUCUCCUCCCUAUCACAAUACAUAAAUCAGUUAUAACUUAUUACCUUCCAUUUUCCCUGAGGCCCUCUCAAUGGACAGUGAAGCAGGGAGGAAGCACUGCUCCUUGGCUCUUUUAUGUUCCAUUUUCUCUACCCCAAAGACAUCAAUAAUUCCAUUUUAAAUCAGGUUAACAGAAUAAGGACCUUUUUUUCUCAAAGUGUUAAUUGCUCUUCUUGUUAAUUCUGUUGCUGACAGACAGGAUGUUAAUAGUUGUUAAACAAAAGGUUAUCUUGGGAAACUAUUGUCAUGACUUGUUAGGGAAGAGCUAGAGGUGCAGGCGUGGGCUCCACCCUUUAUGUCACUGCAAGUCUCUCCUAACACUUGCCAAUGGGAAAGGGAAUCUCAAGCACAAGUCCUUUUGACAGCAGAGGGGUAAGGGACCAGCUGGUUAGCAACUGAGAGGAGGGUGUUUCCCAAGGAGACACUGUCAAGGAGUGUCAGGCCAAAAAAUUUUUCUUACAAAAUUAAAAAUUUCUUAAAACUAACCACUACGGAUUUCAAAUGCACCUACAUGACUUAGGCACACAGAAGUAAGAUCUUCAAAGGUAGAAAUGGCAGUUCUGUGCCUAUACCCACUGUCUUUCAAUAAGAGUUUAGCCCAGGCUAUUCCUUACCUAGUUUUUGUCCCUGUAUAAACAUCAGUAGUGGGUAUGGGGUUGGGUUUUUAUUAGUGAUCUACUGGUGCAAAACCUAGCAUCAAGACCUUGUAGACAGGAUAGCAAUGCUUUUUUUUUUUUACUGGUAUCUAGGAAAACAAGUUAUUUGAGCAAAUGUGACAUCUUUAUUAGAUAAACUAAAAAGUGGAAGUUUCCAUUUCAAAUAGCAAAAUUUGAUAUCUUCCAUGUUUCAGGGGUUUUUACUGGUAUCUGUUAUUCACUUUCCCAUCCAGUUGCUGUGAAGCCUCUUUUUGCAUAUAUGUUUUCCUAUGCUCAAGGAGGUUAAUACUACUAAGCUAUAUCAAUAUAGAUGAGGCAGUUCAACUAAAGUGUGUAGACAAGUCCUUGGGCAACUCAUUGUCUUUUGUGCCUUGGAAAAUCUCUCCUACUUAUUUAUUUUCAAUGCUCCUGAGUCACUUAAGUCCACAUCUUGAAAGGUUUUUAGGUGCUUUUCAGUGGGAAAAAGGCACCAAAAUAUCUUUGAGGAUUUGGGAUUUAGACAUUUUUGAAACUCCCGCUCAGUUUGAAUAAACUUUUAAAUUAGUCUAAGGGAAGUUACACAUCCAAAUCCCAUUGCAGUCUAGGAAUUAUGUACCUGAAUCCUUUUGGCUCCUUUGAAAAUCCCAGCCAGAAAUUUCCUUUCCUUUCCUGCCCUGACCCUUCCUGCUAUGCUCUUUUUUAUAUAUAAGUGAAACUAUAGGUGACUUUCAAUUUCUUUUUAUAAUUAGAGUUUUAUUUUCCCAAUGGAAAAAAAUCAGCAAACAAAAUGCAAGGGAAAGCAAACUAGGUAUUUAAAAAUCUUUCAGUUUAAAUAAGCAUACAUGUUGUUCAGAGGAGAUGAGCUUUGGGCUUUCAUUACCAGAUGCCACUAUUAUGCCUUAGCAGUAUCACUUUAAAAUCUUAAAAGAAUGGCAUCAAUAUCAGGAAUCAAAUCCUGCUACUAGUUUCUCAGAUGAAACUUUGCUGUGGUUUCAUCUUAUUUAUCCCCAUCAUAAAUCAGUCUGCCAAUUGAAAUCAGUGAUAUUGCUCUGUUUGUACAGCCCCUAGCAUAGCAGGGUCCUGAUCCAUGGCUAGGAUUCCAAGGCAUUUCCACACUCAUACAACCAAAUACAAAGAAUGCAAUAGAAUCAGGGUGGGCAGGACUUGCACCCUGAGUUGCAUUCAAGUAAGCACAGAAUUGGUCCCCAAGGUUUUAACUGACAGCCUUAUUAACAGAGGCACUGAGCACUUGGAGCUCCCCUUGAUUAACUUUCAUGGGACAGACGUUCAGCAUCUCUCAAGAUCAGUGCUGUGGUCUAAUGCUGUUGAAAGACUCCAAUGCACUUGCCUUUUCAACGUGCCAUCAGGGCCGGAUGCAUUAUUCAUACAAAUCAAUGGUCAUCUUUCUGUUUUCAGCACAGUUUGGACCAGCCUUCCAGACCUUAACUUACUAACACCACCCUUAUUCUGCCAGGCACUUAGGUACUUGCUUGCUAUUUCAGUGCGUGCUUAAAUGCUUUGCUUAAUCUGGAAGGGGCACUGAAUUCAGCUCUGCCAAAAUGGAUCUGAAAAGCUUGCAAUAACUUUAGGAAGUUAGCUUGUGAAAAAUAAAUCUGACCUUUGCAUUGAUGGGCUAAGAGAAAUUUUUAUGUUGCUGUGAUUUCCUGGAAAAAGCUGCUACAUCAGCAUUAGUCUAAAGGGCUAAUUGUGUGCCAUGGGGUAUACCAUAAACUCACAAGUUAUUGUCAUAUCCAAAUACUUUAAGCAUUACAUAUGAAUCUAAAAGCCAGUAUAUCAUGGGAUUUCAAUGAAUGAGGCUCCUGUAUUUUCAUGUAACUGGUAUUCGGGAGGGAGGGGUUAUGGUAUUAUUAAGUUAUAUGUCAAGAAAUGACAUGCUUGUUAUUUGGAAAUUUAUACCCUGAAUGUAUUUAUUUAUUUUAAAUAACUCUCAUAUCCAGCCUCCUCAUUUCUACCCCACACAUGUUAGUAUAUGAAAUGUUAGGUCUCCAGAGUAGGGAAAGUGUCCCUGUGUUUCCCUUUUUUAAAACUCUAAUAAUUUUUAUUUGUACAUAAUGCUUUCUGGUUUUCCUUUGCUUUGGGAUCCUGUUUUUUAUUUUUAUUUUUUUCCCUUGGUGCUAUUUCUGUCUGAACAUGAUUGAUUUUAAUUUAAUUUAAGAAUGAAGAAGCACACAUUUAAUAAAGUUUACGGGUAUUGAG